CACAGUGGUGCAUUAUUAAUUCUUAUAUAAUAGAUGUGUGUGUCUUUCAAAACGUUGCUAAUCGUAUGUUCGAGUGUAAUCUUUACUUAAAAAUGCGCAUUUGCAAUUGAUUAAUUACUUGUUUUUGUUGUCUUUGUUUAAUAAAUCAGUCAGUCUAUAAUGCACUGCGUCUAUUGUCUAAAGGCAAGGCAAGUGUGCAAUUUAUAAAUACAGACACUCGAUGUCGAUUACUUCCUGGGACGCCACUCAAGGCGCAUAAUGACAAAAGCAAAUACAUAUAUGUAAAACUUUAGUUACUUGCGCUCAGCUUUUUAAUGAGCUUUGUGACCCACUAAAUGUAAUGUAGUCAAAGUUUACAGCUCGCGAUUUCAAUUUAAAUACUUACAGUUAGCCACGCAUAUGGUUAUUGAACUUUCAGACCAAAUAACGAAUAAACUCGAUUGUUUUCGUAUAUAAUUUUAUUAUGUUUUCGUAUUGUCACUUACUUUUAACACAUUAAAAGGUCGUUGACCCGCGCCAGCAAGCAGCACACUCAAUUGAUAUUUUCGUUGCAGCUAUUUAACUAUGCAAAAGAUCAUUAAGAAAACAACAAGACACAACAAACGUUAUAAUCAGUCAGUCAGUAAAUUAAGCGCUACAAAAAAAAAAGCUCAAGCUCAUUAAUUAAGUGUGUUUAAUAUGCCAAUAUGUUUGACUUUUUGAGCCAAAAAAGCAAAAGCAAACCAUUGUUAUGCCUGAGAUUUUAAUAGCAUAGCUUGUUAAUUUGAGAGCCGGAACUAAGUGCUAAGCUCAAACCAGUUGCAAAUUGAACAACAAAUUUUGUUGAACCUAAAGCUGCGUCUAAUAUUAAAACCGAUUUGACUUAUGCUUUUGGUAUUUGCGGUUUUGGUUAACGCAUUUCGCUUAAGACUCGUGCGCCGUUGGCUGUAAAGGGAGCAAGGUCAAUUUUGUUUACCUUUUUGGCUCUCAGCGCUCUCAGGGCCAAUACCAAAACUUAAAACUAACACAUAAAUUUCUGCUAGAUUAGCCAAUUUGUCAUGCAACUUUAAUUACGCGCCAUCAACUAACAAACAUUAAACUAAACAAACCAUGGCUUGUCGCUCCGACGUGGACUUGGCCACACUGCAUCAGCACAGACUCGAGGAGCGCUGGCACUAUGGCCUAGCCUGGAACGCAGUGCACAGCUCCCAGGCACAACGACAACAACAGCAGCUCACACGCUCCCACUACAGUGAACUCCAGAGCGUGGUGAGCGAGCAGCGACAGCGUCUGAGCAAAAAGCUGAGCGAGGCCAGUGAGAGCAAUCGCUGCAAGAGCAGCAGCAAAGUCAAGGAGAAUAUUGCCAACAACAAUCAGCAGCGGACGCAGCAGACAACCGACGAGGACGACGAUGAUUACUUUAGCGCCAACACGCGACGUAGACGCUCCGGCACGUGGCCGCGCACACGCAGCCUAAACGCUCCCUCGCCAUUCCAGCAAUUCGGACCAUGUGGACGCAUUAUGAAAAACUCAGCCAUGGUUAUGCAGAUACAGGAUCCCGCCAGUCAACGUCUGACCUGGUACAAGCCACCGCUAACGGUGCUGGUCAUCAAGAAGAAGGACUCACAGGUGCUGCUGCCGUUUGUGCAGCUGGUCGAAUGGCUGGUGCAGGAGAAGAACAUGGUUGUCUGGGUGGAGUCCGCCGUGCUGGAGGAUAAGCUGCUGCGCAACGAUGUGAAGCUGGAGCAGGAGAGCGCCAAGUUUCGUCAGGUGCACGAGUAUUACAGCUCGGUGCGCAGCAGAUUUCUAGCGCUGCGUGAAAGGCUGGUUACCUUCAAAGAUGGCCGUGAUGAUCUGACCGAUCGUAUUGACUUUAUAGUCUGUCUGGGUGGCGAUGGCACGCUGCUGUAUGCAUCGCAGCUGUUUCAGCAAUCGGUGCCGCCUGUGAUGGCCUUCUACUUGGGCUCGUUGGGCUUUCUGACGCCCUUUCAGUGUGAUAACUUUCAGGAGCAGGUGACCAAUGUGCUGGAGGGUCACGCUGCACUCACAUUGCGCAGUCGUCUGCGCUGUUGCCUGCACCGCAAGGGAGAACGUCGCAAGCCGAGCAAUAAUCUGCAGCGUCUGUACAACGGCGUGGAGGCGAACAGCAGCACCAAAGGCAGCAGCAAUAGCAAUAAUAAUCUAGUGUAUAACGAUGGCAUACUCGUCUUGAACGAGGUUGUUAUCAAUCGCGGACCAUCGCCUUAUCUGAGCAAUAUUGAUAUAUUCUUGGAUGGCAAGUACAUUACGUCGGUGCAGGGCGAUGGACUAAUCGUGUCCACGCCCACAGGCAGCACCGCCUAUGCGGCAGCUGCUGGCGCAUCCAUGAUACAUCCCUCCGUGCCAGCUAUACUGGUGACGCCCAUUUGUCCACAUUCGCUUAGCUUUAGGCCCAUUGUGGUGCCCGCUGGUGUGGAGCUUAAGAUAUCCAUAUCACCGGACAGCCGCAAUACGUCACGUGUGUCGUUUGAUGGCCGCAACGAUCUGGAAUUGAGUCAUGGCGACAGUCUGCGCGUGACCACCUCUAUAUAUCCAGUGCCAAGCAUUUGUGCACAGGAUCAGAUUUCAGACUGGUUCGAUUCGCUGGCCGAGGGCCUGCAUUGGAAUGUGCGCAAACGUCAAAAGUGCCUGGAUGAGCUAUCGGACCUGACGGCAUCGGGCUCGGAGGAGACAUUCGAUGAGAUUGACAAUCUGAAAAUUUAUGAUGCGUAGUGCACAACUCUAAUUGUUAACAUGGCCAAUUAGUUGUAGUGGUAGGCUAGUUCAAAGUGCUUGUUUGAGUGCAAUUUCGUAGGCUUAGUUAACUCACUAGCAAAAUACUCUGUUCUAUUGUACAAUAUACAGUUAACGCUAAAAUACUA